AUGGCGGCUACAAUGGCAGAACAAAUUCAUGUCAUAGAAAACGUCCCAGUCUCUUUUCCUUUUACUCCCUACCCCUGUCAGAUAGAGUAUAUGGAGAAAGUUAUAAAAGCAUUGCAAAAUAAUACAAACGCCAUAUUGGAAUCUCCUACAGGAACAGGUAAAACCCUCUCCCUUUUAUGUGCCACAUUGUCUUGGAGACAGCAAUUACCUGCCCCUGUAAUUUCUGAAUGGGAUCUCCAAUCAGAUUCAAAGGGCCCCUUGGGUGGGCGGCCAAAAAUCAUUUAUGCAUCUCGGACCCAUUCUCAGCUAUCACAGGCAAUCCAUGAGCUAAAGUCAACCUCAUACAGACCCAAGGUAUCAAUAAUAGGAUCACGUGACCAACUGUGUAUCAAUUCUGAAGUCAUGUCGAAGGAAAGCAAUGCCGAAAAGGUUCACGCCUGCCAUGCUAAAGUUGCAGCAAAAUCAUGUACGUAUUACAAUAACGUUGAUCUUAAAAGGCUUAGCGUUCCAGAGAGUUUUAUACCUGAUAUCGAGGAACUCGUGGGAAUGGGAACCAAAAAUAAAAUGUGUCCGUAUUAUCUAGCAAGGGAAAUGAAAACAGAAGCUGAUCUAAUCUUUAUGCCAUACAAUUACAUACUGGAUCUCAGGACUAGGCUGGUACAUGGUAUCAAUAUAACCAAUACUGUUGUCAUAUUAGAUGAAGCUCAUAACAUAGAGAGGGUGUGUGAAGAUUCCUCUUCAUUUGAACUGACCAGCACUGAUAUAGCUCACUGUAUUAAGGACAUUGACUAUUUAUUAAAAAAUAAAUACGAAGAGGCCAGGGAAUAUUUAUCAGAGCUUGAUACACAGACUCAGAACACGCUAAAAGAUCUUGCUAAUUUGAAAGAGCUGUUUUUAUGCAUCGAGGACUCUUUGGAUAAAAUUGAAUUAAAAUCAGAAAAUAAUGAAUGCGUAAAACCAGGAAGUUAUAUUUUUGAGUUCCUGGGUAAAGCUGGGAUCAAUACUGAAACCCAUGUUGUCCUCAUUGACCAGUGUUCACAGGCAAUAGCGUCACUUACCAGUGACCAGUCGCUCCACAGAACCAGCACUUAUUUACAGAAAUUUUUAGAGGCUAUAAAAAUUGUUUUUAGUGGGUCUUGUCCAGUUGGUAUGACCAGGGAGAGAAUGGCUUCACUUCAUUACAGAGUUUAUAUAAAAUCAGACAAUAAUAGGAAGAAAAGGAAAAGUGAUGUAUGGACUACUGAUAAUAAUACUGAUGACACAUGUCGUAGGUUAUGUUAUUGGUGUUUUAAUCCUGGCUAUGCUAUGACUGAGUUAGUGAGACAAGGAGUGAGAUCAGUUAUACUGACCAGUGGGACACUAUCACCAUUGGAGUCAUUCACUUCCGAGCUACAACUGUAA